AUGGGUUGCGGUGGCUCCAAAGAGGACGUGGCCACCGGCAACACCACCGCCGCCAACGGCGCCGGCCGCGGCACCAAGCUCUUCCGGAGGAAGUCCACCAUGUCCGCCAGCCACCGGUCCUCCCAGGCGUCCUCGUCGUCCUCGGACGGCACCUGCGUUGCCAUCAAGGACGUCGUCAAGGAGCCGGCGGCCGGUGUGCCCAAGGCCGCCGACGUCGAUGUUGUGAUGGACGAGAAGCCCGUUGCCGCGGUCGUCGAGGAGAAGAAAGAGGAGGAGGUGGCGGUCAAGAAGGAUGUCGCCGCCCCCGGCGUUGCUGCCGCGGCGGUGACCAAGGAGGCGGCGCAGCCGUCUGCGAAGGAGGAGGAUGAGCUGCCCAAGUCCACCAUGGCCGACGAGGCGCCGGCAGUGGACGAGGUUAAGGUCGACGAAGCGAAGGAAGCAGCAGUGGCCGAGGAGGCCAAGGAGGGAUCUCCUGCUUCCACAAAUGAGGGUGGUAAGUCACGCAGUAAUCUGAAUUAGCAUCGAUCGGAAAUAUUCGUUACAAUCUUACAGAACAGAAGAGCCGACAACCUAUUUUUGUGUUUUGCUGU